AUGAAGAAUCAAAAAGGAUUUUUAGUUCAUUUUUGUCUUUUCUUGUUCAUAAUUAUCAAUUCAAGUGAAUCGACACCAUUAGAUGAUUAUGUUCAUGCAGAAGAUCCUCAUUUUGGUUGGACUCUACUUCAAACUUACGAAGAAAUUGAUUAUAAAUUAUAUAUUCUCAAUUUUACUUCCCAAAAAUGGCUCGAUGAAACUUAUUCAUCUCGAUCGAUUUGGUGGCAUUAUUUAUGUAUAACUGUACCAAAGAAAUUAACUCGACCUGACAAAGCAUUUUUGCUCAUUGAUCAAGGAAGUAACAAUGAUCGUAUUCCUCAACCACAAGAUGAUUUUGUUGCAUUAACAGCAAUGGUUGCAGUUGGAAUUGGAAGUGUCACAGCUGAUCUUCAAGAUAUUCCAAAUGGACCAAUUCGUUUUAUGAAUGAUCCAACGAAUCGAACACGUGGUGAUGAUGCAUCAAUUGCAUGGACAUGGAGAAGUUUCAUUGAAAAUACCUCGAAUGUUUAUGUACCUCUAAAUUUACCAAUGACAAAAGCAUCAUAUCGUGCAAUGGACGCUGUUCAACAAUUUACUGAAAAAUAUAAUAUUACAACACCGAAGAAAUUUGUUGUCGCUGGUGCUUCGAAACGUGGAUGGGCAACAUGGUUAACAGCUGCUGUUGAUACUGAACGAGUCGUUGCUGCUAUUCCAAUUGUUAUGGAUAUCUUAAGUUUUCGAACAAAUUUACAUCAUAUGUAUCGAUCAUUAGUAGGUUGGACAUUUGCAUUUAAAGAUUAUUAUAAAUUGAAUAUAACUCAAUAUAUUGAUAAUGAUAAUUUAACAAAACUAUCGUCAAUUAUUGAUCCAUUAAAUUACAUUGAUCGAUUCUCUAAAACAAAAAUUUUACAAAUUCAAGCAACUGGUGAUGAAUUCUUUCUACUUGAUAAUGAAGCUGUUUUUUGGAAUGAUCUUCAAAUUGCCACAGGUGGAUCAUUUCUUCGACGAAUGCCAAAUGCAGAUCAUGUUUGUGUUGGUCAUAUUAUAAGUUUAUUUUUUACAAUGCGAAGUUUUUAUAUGAGUGUUUAUGAUGAAAAACCAUUACCUAAACUUCAAUGGAUUAAAUCAACAAAUAAUACUCAUGGUUACAUUCGUGCAACAAUAGAUUUCAGUUCAGGACCUAAACCAAUCAAUGCAAUUGGAUAUUAUGCUCGUACUCUCGAUAAUAAAAGACGAGAUUUUCGUCUUUUAAUUGGAAAUCCAAAUGAUCCAAAUAAAGCAAUGGCCAAUCCAGUCUUUUGGUUUACAACAAAUGUUAUUACUGAAGAAGAAACUAGUACAAAAAUUGUUUAUUCAUUAACGAUUGAAAAUCCAAUGAAUGGUUGGGAAGGUUUUCUUAUUCAAGUUAAUUUUCCAGGUCCAGAUGGAACUGUUUUAGAAUUAACGACAGAAACAUUAAUUAUUCCCGAUACUUAUCCAACUGAUGAUUGUCAUGGUGAACAAUGUUUAGGUUCACUAGUUUAG